UCAGAUCCAUGUGACACGGAAGUGCCGUUGCCUCCACAGCAAGUGCCGAAGAUGGCAGCUCACAGCUCAAUUCUCUUACUACUAGCCUUUGCUGCUAUUUGUUGUUUGCAACUUUGCCAAGUUUCUGCUGAUGUUGACCAGACAAAGAGGGGAGAACCCUCUACCGAGCCCAAUCAAGUUUCAAUUGAACGAAAAUUAGAGAAACCGGGCGAGGUGCCUCCUAUCGUCUCCGAUAUUGAUCCCAUCGAGAAAGAACAGGAUGACAAGCAGUGGCAAUCGACGGAGGAAGCAAUGGUCAAACCAGAAACAACCAAGGAGAUUGCACCUCCUCCACCGUUUAAAGACGAAUUUAAAGAAGAGUUGGUGAUUAGGCCUUUGCAAUCUGGCGACAUCUAUGCAAGCUUUCAAUUUCGCACUCUUUGGGAUACAGAUUUUCUCAAAGGCAAAAGAGUUUCCCACUAUCAUCUUUUCCCAAAGUCUUUGGGCCAGGUCAUUUCCAAGUUCUCCGUGCGGGAGCUCCACAUCUCCUUCACCCAGGGUUUCUGGAGGACCAUGCAAUGGGGACAGCCCUUCUUGCCCUCCCCUCCAGGGGCAGAACUCUGGGUUUGGUUCCAGGACUCAGUCACUGAUGUUGAUGGUGCUUGGAAGGAGCUGACCAAUGUCUUGUCUGGGAUUUUCUGUGCCUCUUUGAAUUUCAUCGACUCGACCAACACUGUGCAGCCCAGUGCCUCUUUUAAACCCCUAGGUCUUGAGAAUGUUACAGACCCCCGGUUCUUGCGCUAUGCUAUGUUGCCACGUGAGAUUGUUUGCACUGAGAAUCUCACGCCCUGGAAGAAGCUUCUGCCUUGUGGCUCGAAGGCUGGGUUGGCGGUUUUGAUGAAGUCAGAGAAGCUCUUCCACAGCAGUUUCCACUCUGAGGCAAUACAUAUCCGACCUGUGUGUCAGGAUGUGGAAUGUAAGGCCCUGUCAUGGGAGCUGAGACAGACACUAAAUGUGGUGUUUGAUGUGCAUACCUCAGGCCAGGGAAAAAAAGAGUGGUCCCUGUUCAAGAUGUUCUCCCGCACCCUGACGGAGGCCUGUCCUCUUGCAUCCUCCAGUAAAGUCUAUGUGGAUGUAACAGAUAACCCUGAGGGGGAGCUGUUUGAUCUGCUUCCAGUCUCUCCCCUGCUUACACAAGCUGUGGUGCUUGGAGAUCGGAGGACCUAUGCUAUGUAUGACCUGACCAAUAAAGACACCUUUGGGAGCACUCGAUCUCUGAACCUCCUGGUGCGCUGGAAAUCGGACGGUGGCGAGAUGAUGCGUCCUCUGCUGCACAGCGAGCGCUACGUAGCCGGCUUCGGCCUGCAGACAGGCGAGAUCCACACGCUCAUCUAUAACUACCACCCGUAUCGGGCCUUCCCUGUGCUGCUGAUGGAGACAGUGCCCUGGUACCUCCGCCUCUACAUCCACACCCUCACCGUCACCAGCAAGAACAAGGACAACAAACCCAGCUACAUCCACUAUCAGCCGUCUAAGGACAGGCUGCGUCCACACCUCCUGGAGAUGCUGGUGCAGCUGCCACCGAACUCUGUGACAGAGGUGACCGUGCAGUUUGAAAGAGCCCUGCUUAAGUGGACUGAGUACACACCUGAUCCCAACCAUGGCUUCUAUGUUGGGUCUUCAGUAAUCAGUGGCCUUGUGCCAAGUAUGGUGGCCAUGGAUACCAAUAACACCCGGGAGCGUCCUCUCUUCAGUAGUUUCUUCCCCUGCAGAGAGGAGUCCAGCUACUUUGUCCGCGUCUACACGGAACCCCUGCUGGUCAACCUGCCCACGCCUGACUUUAGCAUGCCCUACAACGUCAUCUGCCUCACCUGCACGGUGGUGGCGGUGGGCUACGGCUCUUUCUACAAUCUCCUGACACGCACCUUCCAAGUGGAGGAGCCUAGUGCCGGCUUGGUCAAGCGCCUGGCCAACGUCAUACGCAGGUGGAGGGGAGUCCCACAGCUCUGAGCACUGCUCAGCCAGCCAAAACCAACAGCAGCUCUCCAUAAAAAGUAUGCAUCCAGUUGGAAGACGGAGUUCGGAAGCCCUGUGGCUGAACUCCUGUGAUUGAUGACAGAAAAACAUUAAGGAACUGAGAGUGUGGGGUUGGAUGUUUUUGGAGGACUGUAAGCAUGGAAUGGUGGAUAGUAUUGGAUGUUGUUGAAAGAAGACUUUCAACAAUAGUGGGUAAUGAUGCCUCUGACUUGCUGCGGGAGUGAAUUUUUGCCUUGUUUGUCACCACUGAUGUUUAUUUGGAAAAGGCACGUCACAUUGAUUUUCUGAGGUGGAAAUUGAAAAAGCACAGGCAAAACAUAUCUUUACCUUAUCCAUAGUGAUAUUAAGACACUCGCAUAGUCAGUUUAUUCACUGAUUGUGUGUGCUGAAGAGCUUACCAUCACACAGUGCUUGACAACUACUGAAAUAUGUUACACACCAUUUUGCACUGAUUUUGUUUUUAUUUUUUAAUUUUAUUUUUUAAUUUAAAAUGAAAAUGGGUGAAUGGGAUUACUUGUUUAUGUUGUAUUUAGCUUCUGUUCCUUAAAGUCUCUUAAAAACUCCCCUCAACCCUGCAUAGGCACAGCAGGUGGGCACUUUCCAACUCUGUCCUGACCAGUCUGCAAAGAACGUUGUGUACUCAACAUCCCAUAAAAAGCUUUGUAUGACUUCUGACAUUGAAAAACAACAAACUAUAAUUGAUCUUAAAGUAUCCACGCCAGGAUGAAAAAGCAAACACAGCAAUUUAGUGAGGUUUCAUCUGGCUUUCAAAAUCAUUUAUUUUGGGAGUGAAGUACCCAUUUGUGGAAACAUUUGGCAGCCACUAGUUGAAUGAUGUUAUAGUCUGGCUAUUCAGUCUUAAGUCACACCCCUUGCAACCCCAGAUUUAACAAGCAUCUUGUCUUAAUCUUCAUGUCUUUUGUUCUUAUGACCUGAAAGCUUUACAAAGUGAGAGAUCACAAAUUAAAGGGAAAUGUGUUUUUUUUAUCUGAA